AGCACAGUCAAGCAGGCCAGGCAGAAGUGGAAGUGGGGGAGCGACGAGUUGUUGAAAACAAACCCCGCAGGUCGCAGCCGAUAUUUCGGGCCGAAAAUGGACUCUUUGAAGGAACAGGUGAUGAUCAACCAAUUCGUGCUGGCCGCCGGAUGCGCCCGCGACCAGGCCAAGCAGCUGCUGCAGUCGGCACACUGGCAGUUUGAGACGGCGCUGAGUAUUUUCUUCCAAGAAGCGGCGAUCCCGAGCUGUCAUCCGCAAAACAGCCACCACUUCGGCCAGGUGUGCACGCCGUGCAACACGCCAGCCACUCCGCCCAAUUUCCCAGACGCGCUGCUGGCCUUCUCCAAAUUGUCCGCCGCAGACAAAAUGUCCAAUUCUCCGAACACAGGGUUCUUCUCGACGUCCCCAAACCAGACGACGUUGGUGAGUCAGCAGGCUGGCGGCGCCGGCGGCCAGCACCACCACUUCAGUCAGCCGGUGCAGGUGCAGCCGCAGCAGGCGCAGCAGCCGACGACAACGACGACGCACCACCACCUUCAUCAGUCGACGCAGCAGCACCCGUUCGGCAGAUAAGUCGGCCGCCGAUGCCCGCCACCGUGCUGUUGUUGCCGACGCCGUCGCCAACGCGCGGCCAGGGGAGCGACUGACGAGACGAGCGGAGGGGAAACGGAGCAAACUCACUCAACACUCACUUUUCCGCGCGCUCGGAGGGCCUAGUCAGGUGGGCCGAGUCUCCUCCGGGCCGGGCGUCCUCGGCCAUCCACCCUCCCCUCGCACGUGCCCCUGCCGCCGCCGGAUCCUCUUUUACCCCCACGAGGGAACACGACCCCCCAGCACCUUCUCCUCCUCCUCCUCCUCCCCUCUUUACGUUGGUAACGAAGCGUAGAGCCUAGUGAUGACUUUAGUUUCUGGUGCCGCCGCUGCCGCCACUGUCGGACUUGGUUUUUUCGUAGGUUUUGCUCACACCGAGAGAGUGAAUGAAUAAAUACCUGAACGAGAACACUCUGUUGUUACACGAAGAUAUAUACCUAACGCUAUGUAUAUGUGUAAAACGUAAUAAUAAUUCAUCCUUCGGAGCGAGUGAACGAUUUUUACUAUCUUGGCCUAACGAGGAUGCAAUGCAAACAAAUAUGACGCUUCACAAGAGAGUUGUUCUGGUGUGCAUGCUAGGUACAUAUGGGUGUUUACAAUCUAUCAUAAUUAACUCAAUUCAUUACUAAAAAGCAGACACACACACAACUACAUGUAAAUACAUGUGUAUUUUAAAUCCAAAUGUGAUAAUAUCGUUUAGAGUUGCGAAUAUAUAGCUAUAAAAAAUAAAAUGAUUCACACUCUAUCAUCAUGUAUGAUUGAUUGAACAAUAAAUGCAUGGUACUGUACAAUA